CGAUUAAGCGCCGCCGUGUAUAUGUCAGCGGCAAGGAAGAGGUGCUGACGAUGCUGACGUCGAGCCAGGUACCGCAGCAGCUGAUGACCCGCAUGGUGGCGAUUUUCCUGAAGGAGUGCCUCGGCUACGUCAACCUCACCAUCACCACCGUGCCAGAUACCUUCGAUCCGGACAGAGUCAUCGACGAAAUGAGAGCCAGCAAACCGUCUAACGCAAACAGGUCGGACGUCAAAGUACCCAAUGCAAUGGUAAACUUGGAAGUGUGGAUACCACCUGGCUACAACCUCGACCCCCUGAAUGCGGAUUUUGAAACGAGCAGCUUCCUUGGUUCCGGUGGUCGCUUCGGAUGGUUCCUGCCAGGGAGACUUAUCUAUGACCAGGAUUUCAUUGUGGAGCAUUGGCGAGCCUUCACCGACCACAAUUCGCGCGCGCUCUACCUCUUCUCACGCACACCGGAAGAGUUGGUCCAUUUAACAAGCAAAAUGAGGAACCCAGAGACAGGGAAAUUUUACUGUUUGGAGAAUUAUGGUUGUGAAAAAGGAAUGUACACCCCAUCUUGGUGUCGCAAAACUGGGCAGGAGUGCGCUAUCCUCUUUGCUUCAUAUGCAGAUUUCAACAUCACCAAGUUUCUCCGUGAACAAAUUGAGACCAUGAAAGCCUAUGUAAGAGUAGCCUGGAUUGGGCCUAAUCUCAACCACAAGUUCAUCAGUAACAACACCUACUACCCUGGUCCCCAUGGUAUGCGCUCUGUUCUCAUUUUCCACUGGUGGCCGUCUGUUCUUCUGGAGCCUUUUGACUUCAAGUCUGUUGCCUUUUCACCAUGUAUCGACAGUUCUGUGAGAAUUGAUGGAAAAAGCCCAUAUCAGUGCAAAUAUGAGAUGCAUCGCUUCCAUAAGUUUGUGUGGAAGAAGCUCAAAAGAUAUGCAAAAUAUGCUUAUGAUGCUCUUCAUAAGAUAAAGAUCAACCACACUGAAUUGAUAGACCUCAUGCACACUUAUAAUGAAAAGCAACCAAAGACCAAUUCAACACUAGAUGAGGUUGCCUGUCAGUGGAUGAAAGAGAACAAGGACCGAUGGGACAACUGGCUGCCAGUAGGUGACCUUCCAGAGCUGACUCUUGUAGGCCUUUUUCCCAUAAAUGGAAGUGACGGAAUCCAUAACAAAUUUCUUGCCCCGGGAAAUGUGUUUGCAAUGUUCAUGGCCGUAGAAGCCAUCAACAAAAAUAGCAGCAUUCUGGCUGGUCACCAGAUUCACGCCAUUAUUUUAAAUGGUGCAUGUGAGCCAGCUAUGGUCAUGCGUCAGUUCAUUGAGAUCAUUCAGCAGUCGUCAAGUGGAGGAUUCUACAACAACCUGGCGGGCUUCGUAGGUCCAGCUUGCUCAGAUACUGUGGAGCCAAUUGCUGGGGUGUCCAAAUAUUUCAACAUGCCAAUCAUCUCGUAUGGAGCAGAAGGAGCUAUAUUCUCAGAUCAAGAACACUACCCAUAUUUCUUCAGAACAAUUCCAGAAAAUAGGAUUUUUCGAUAUGUGUACAAUCACUUGUUUCAACGACUCAAAUGGACAAGGGUUACAUCAUUUACAGAGGACGGCCAGAGAUAUUCUGAAUAUCUCACUUCUCUAAAUGACCUUCUUCUGGAGAACAACAUUUCACUGUACAACUACAAAUACCCUCAAGAGCGUGAAAGUCAAAACAUGAGGAAUUAUUUAAAACAGUUAAAGGAGAGAAAGUCAUUCAUUAUUAUUGGGGACUUUUAUCAAGAUGUUGCCAGGGAAGUAAUCUGUGAUGCUUACCAUCUGAAGAUGACUGCGUAUGAGAACUAUCAGUGGUUCCUCCCGCACUGGUACUCAAAAGAUUGGUAUGACACUGACAAGCUCACUGGUAAAAAUAAUGUCUCUUGCACAACUGAGCAAAUGCUCUAUGCCCUUCGUGGUCACAUGUCUCUCUCAUACAAGUACUUUGCGGAUGAUGAUGAUAUCAUGCAAGAAGGAAGGACGGUGAAGGAGUGGAGACAUGCAUAUAGCGAGGUAUGGGCAUUCAUAAAGAAGAUUCAAGCUCUUUCAUUCAAUGGAGUAUCAGGACACAUCAACUUCACAUCAGGAGCUUCAAGGUUAACAGACAUCAUUGUGUGGCAGUUUCAAGGAGAAGAAUAUGUUGAAGUCGGGCUGUACCAUCCUGGAUCUUCAAGUAAUGAUAGUGGAAGACUGGAAAUGAGCAAAGUGAAUGAACUAAUGUGGAUGUCUGGCACAAAGCCAGAUGAUGGAAGCAACAAAUGUGCAGUGGAAGGCUUCAUGAAGUUACUAAAUACCACCUGUUCAAAUGCCCUGAUAGUCCUGUGUGCAAUAUGUUUUGGUGGUCUUACGCUUUUGCUGAUUAUUUGUUUCCUCUUCUUCAAGAGAAGAUAUGAAAAGCAGAUCCAGCAGAUCCAAGAGCGUGGUCGACCGCUGUUUGAGAUUUUUGACGGUUGGGAGAUUCAGAGGGAUAAAGUAGUCAUUAAUCGCAAACUUGGGGAAGGAUGUUUUGGAACUGUGUAUGGAGGAGAGUGUCAGUUUGAUGAUCAAGGCUGGGUUGCAGUUGCAGUGAAAACCUUAAAAGUUGGCUCAACUAUUUCUGAGAAGCUUGACUUUCUGUCAGAGGCAGAAAUGAUGAAAAACUUUGUCCAUGAUAAUAUAGUACGUCUUUUAGGUGUCUGUACAAAGAGUGAACCUAUCUACACUGUGAUGGAGUUCAUGUUAUAUGGUGAUCUGAAAACCUACCUCCUUGCCCGAAGAAACUUAGUCAAUGAAAAGAAUCGCAAUGAUGAUGAUGAAGUUAGUAACAGACGGCUCACUUCCAUGGCUCUUGAUAUAGCAAGAGGAUUGUCGUACUUAGCAGAUCUUAAGUUUGUCCACAGGGAUGUAGCAUGUCGUAAUUGUCUAGUAAAUGCAAAUAGGACGGUGAAGCUUGCAGACUUUGGCAUGACCAGGCCAAUGUAUGAAAAUAAUUAUUACAAGUUUAAUCGCAAAGGGAUGUUACCAGUUCGCUGGAUGGCGCCAGAAUCUUUGACAGAUGGCGUCUUUACUACCAUGAGUGACAUUUGGUCGUAUGGUGUCCUGCUGUAUGAGAUUGUCACAUUUGGAGCCUAUCCAUUCCAGGGAUUGACCAACGACCAAGUAUUGGAACAUGUCAAGGCAGGACACACUAUAGCCAUACCUCGGGGAGUUAAACCGCAGUUAGAUGUCUUGCUGAGAAUGUGUUGGCAUCGGGACCCAAUGAAGAGGCCUCAUGUCACGCAGAUCAUUGACCAUUUGACAAACUAUCCACGCUUGAUAUCCCCAUGCUUAGAUGGGCCACAGUCUUCAGUGCAAAUAGAGGACACCAUAUCCUUAGAGCUAAGGAUUCCUGAUAAGGCGAGAAAACUGUCGCUAUCUAUCAACACCAGGUUACCUCAGGUAGCAUCCUCAAGUCGGAAGCGAUCGAUGAGCGGAAACAUGGUGAUGAACAUGCCUCCACUCACCACCAGCCUCAGUGAGGAUGGCAUGAUCUCAGCGCAUUCCAACUUGGACGCCCUCAACUUGAACCACGUGAUGCUUGAGGAAAAUGAAAUGGGAGAGGACCCUUUGUUACCCCCUGCUCAGUACGUGUCCUCGAGAUAUAUGACAAUAGUGCAUAAAGACCGUAAGGACCACAAAGACUACAAAGACCAUAAAGAAAAGGAAAGUUUAGUGAGCAGACAGCAGGGGGACUACUGCACCACAGAUAUAUCCCGUGAUUUAUGGACGAGUGUCACGCCUGUAUAGGGUAACGCCAGCCUAGGCAAGUCUAAGUGACCAAAGUAGUGUUCUAGUGUUUUAGAUGGCAAAGAUACAGCUAUAUAUUGCAGCUUCUUUUUUGAGAAGCCUGAGACCAGAUCAUAAGCAAGAAAGCUCAUAUAAAGUACUCAGAUGCUAAUCUUUUCUGGUCAUUAUAUUUUAUAUUAUUUAAGUGGUAUUUAUGAGAUUUUAUUCCCUGUAAUUAUAAAGAUAAUGAGCACAGAAGAGAUGCUUGCUGAUAUUGGCUUGUACUCAACACUGUGGAUAUUGACACUGCAGAUGGCAUCUAUCAGUAUUAUCUCAUUAUGCAAGAAGAUUCAUAUGCAAACUCUGAUGCAAUAUGAAUCAUUAUUUUAAGACAGCUAUUAUGUGCCAACGCUGAAGAUGAAACCUCGCGGGUGAAUGUUAGUAGUGGCUGUGUAGUGGAGCAAUGUCACAGCUCUGGGCCCACAAUAUUCCACUCUUUCCUAUACUUCAUGUGACUGGAGCAUAUUCAGCAAUGUAUGUUUGUACUACAUUACAAUUUGUAGGCUUAUUGGCAUAUGAAAACAGUAUUUAUGGUGGAAUAUAUUUGCAAUUGGAUCAUAUAAUAGAUGUCAUUUAGUUCUAGUGAGGGUUGGAUUUCAUAGCUGUAAAUUUAACAUGCUAAUACACUGAAGAAAAAAAGUUAAAUACAAAGCAAGUGUAUAUAGCAUAUCAUAGGCAUUAUUGGCUGUAAUAGGCUUACAACUGCAUCACUUCAAAAAGCAGCUCUUCAUUCAAAGCCCUCAUAAAACACAAAUUUUGUUUUAGCGUCAAAAAAUAUUUAUUGAUUUUUUAUAAGCAUUUAAACAAAUUUUAUUAUUUAGUAGCAUACCUGGAUUUGAAAAAUAAAUUGGAAAGAUGCUGAAAAAAGUUCAGUCACUUUAAUGAAAGUAUGUUGUAAUGACCAUCACCAAAACUUGUUCUUUCAUAUUCAAACAUGUAACCUAAAGCUAUUUUCCAUUAACUCCUUCAACUGUGUGCUGUGAAGCAAAUUUAUCUAGUCUGCUGUAAAUCAACCCAGGAGAAUUUUAGAUACUCUUUAUGGAUUUCAAAAUGGCCCUGUUAUACUGAUGCUCAUGCAUGCUUAUUCUGUUAUAAAUAUUAUUGUAUGUAAUAGUUGAUAAUCUACACCUCAUUUUGCUUUUCUGCUACAACUAAUUUAUUCAGACUCAAAGUAACAUAGAAAUAUCCAAAGGGAAAGAGUGAAAUGGUCAUUUUGACCUUUUUUCCACAAAGACUGGUUGUUCUGUUCAAGUUUCUUGGUGCAAUGUACCACAAGUCUGACUUACUUAUCAAGCAGGUCAGACUGUUUUCUAGGUGUAUGCUCCAGGAUUGACAAGGGCUAAGUGGUGCCUUUAGUCAAUGUUGUGAGGAUGAGAAAAAGAGAAAAUAAAAAAAAGAAAAAA